AUGCUUGACCUGCCCCGUCCUGAAGACGCCCCCGGGCCCCGAGCGCCUCGCUUCAACCAGGGUGAUUUCCGUCGUCCUACAUGGAUCAGUCCCCACCACCCGUUCUUGUUGUUUCUCCCGCGAGAUGAUCCUUUCAAAACCAAGCUUCUCUCUUGUCUCAAUGUCACGCCCAGAACCCUUUCCAUCGAGAACCAUGUUCCGUAUGGGUACCUCACUUUGCCCGAAAAUCCCCUUCCCAAAGACCGCUGGGGCCUUGAGCAAAAGCUCAUCGACCAAUGGGUUGCUCUCGAAGGUUCCUUGCACAAGAUCUAUAAAGCCCUGGUGCUCAUGUAUGAUCCUGAGGGGAUUGUACACCCUGGCGUUUGGGGUUUCAAUUUGCCUGUAACCCAAUACUAUACGUUACGCAGUGCUCUGACCCGGAACGACGCCGUCAGACAGGCAAUGCGGGCUCGGGAUACUUUUCUUCCUCUUGUGGCAAUGAUAGCCAUGCUCUACGUUUUAAUGGACGACAAAGAAACGGGAGACUGGAGAUUUGCUCUCCAGCGCAAGACGCAGGUGCCAUGGCAGUUCUUCGACGACUUAGAACGGGAACUCUGUAAUCCACAAGUCGAGCGUCUGGGCGGCAUCAUCGAUUUGACUGCCAGCAAGACAUAUCCCAACCAUUACGUCCCUCGACACAUCCGCUGGCUGUUGCCGCACAUAUUAAAGAAUCAUAGGGUUCCACUAUACUUCUUUUUCGGAAAGACUUUCCCACCGAACGAGCCAAUUCCCGAUCCCUUGAAAGAGCUAGGACUCAUACCAAACUACGAAGAAAUCGAGUACUUGGAGAACCUUCCAGGGUCUUCGGCGUUCAGCCCAUGGUCUACAAAAACUCCCGUGUGGACAUCAGGCCGAACUGUUCCCCGCAACCAAGAACUCCAACCUCGCACGUUGCCGACCUUGCGGGACCCUCGACCGCCUUUGUUCGAGCGUCGCCCGCCCAAAUCUUGCUAUCGACCGUAUCUAGACGAAUCCCCUGAUCCUGGGACAACAGACGACCGUAACGAACAUGCUGACAGUGUUGGUGCCGCAACCAUUGUUUACCCACCUGUGGAACCUCACAGUGGCCAACUUCCGGGCGAGAAAAUUCACGAGUUCAUGGCGCGCCGCAAAAAGAACAACGAGAAGCGGCUCGCAAGGGAAUCGGAGAGUAAGCGGAAGACUCGCUUAAAGCUUGAAGAGAUCGCGAAAACAGGGGAGCCGCCAUCCAUCCACGGCAAACAUGGCACUAAGGUCUACAUUUGGGAGACAAGUGGGAUUGGAGGUGAUUCUUUCAUCUUGCGUAGACAUUACGGGCAAAAAGAUGCCCGGGACCGUUGGGACGAGUUUGCACCAACACAACGGAUAUACGAUGGCUUUAGUAACGAAUGGGACCUUGCGGAAGAGCUAGACCCGGAGGCGGAGGUGCCCGAUGACGGUUUUGACAUGAACGACGAGUUCGACCAUGAAUACCCGGCCAUCCCCCAUGUCGACAGCGUCGUACCCGAGCAAUCUGCUGUUGAGGUACUUGAACAAGUUUAUGCCAAUGAUGAUAAAAUGCAAGUCGACGUCGCCGUCUAUGUGCUUCCCAACAACGACGACAUCGCGAUCAAGCGUUAUGGGCUCCAGACUGGUUUCGUUGCGCCUCGCAACGCCAAACAAAUGAAGGCUGUAUGGGCAUCGUGGGCCUGUGGGGAUACUGCUUGGAAGAAUGAUAUCCCCAUCAAUUAUUCCAUUCUCUUGCAAGCAAUGUUUGAUAUCUUCGACACAACGAGAACAAUCCAACCGGUCGGCCUUUGUGAUAUCAAUACCAUGACUGCCAGCCUCCACUCCGAAGCUUGGCCCGUCGCGGUCAAAAAGAUCGUCGUCAGAGGCCGACUCAGAUUUUUGUUCGUCCCUGACGACGACAGCGAGGAGGAACCAAUGGUGUUGGUAGAAGACGGUGCAACAGUUCUUCAAUGUAUCCGAUCGGGCUGGAAAGAUACUAAAACGAUUAUUGAAGAACUUGCGAUCAUUGGAGCGGAUUUCUCGCCUUGUUGGAUUCGUAACAGCGGUAAAACUCUAAAACCCGCCUUGACACAAGACUGUCUUGGUCGUCGACCGCCUGGUUAUCGAUUGAAUACAAUCGACUACCAGGCAUACGUGAAGCGACGAGAUGACUUCUUGAAGUCGCAACGUGGCUGGGCAGCUCUAUUCCAUGGUGGAAUUGUGUCGCGGAUUGCCCGGAUGACCAUAGGGGACUACCUGCAUAAUAUUCAUGCCUCUCCUCCCGGUACCACACUAUAUCAAGGUGCUUUUCUUGCAGACAUAGGCGAGGGUAGAGCUUUAUGGCGCGAAGCCCUGACUGCCUCCGAAAUCGACCUCAUUUUAGGCGUUUACAAGGUCGAAACAGGUGUCUCUGCUUGGAACGACGAAAUGGGUGCUCAGAUAAAAUACGCGUCGAUCUGGCCAUCGCUGGUUGCAUUUCACUCAUCGGGCCUGAAUGUAGGUUACUGGAGUGCUAAUUGCGAGAGAUGGUUCCAAAGACGACUGGCGGAACUGCAGCAAGGGGAUGUUGAAAUUCUGAACACUCCGGGAUGGAAGGACAAAAUCCGGUUCAACUCUCAAGCUCGCAAAACUGCAACCAGCAACUCUGAGAUGUGUCGCAGAUUUCUCGCCUCGUGUCCAGCUGUAGGGUAUCUCUGA